GGGCUGGAGCCGUGACCGCAGCCCGGGGCUGCCCUGCCCUGCCCGGCUCGCCCCCACCGCCCCUACCGCCCCUACUGCCCCGUGGGGCGCCCGCAGAGGGACAGCGCGAAGGCCCUAGACCAACUGCAGCUGAAGCAUGCUUUUGAUGAAAAUAAGAAUCACAGUAAUCAGAGUCACACUGAGCAAGAUUUUCAUGAAUCUCCAUUUCCCUAAAAUCUGCACCCAUGUGCUGCACUGGGUUUGACCAACCGUCAAGAGGGAGAGUGAAUCUCUCAAAGUAGAGGCAGCUGUUAAAACAAUGCAGGAAGAUAAAUGCCAGUUCAUCCUUCAACCUAGUAUCAGUUAAAAUAGAAGACUACGCAGAAUGAUUGCUGUUAGCACAGAGUUACUUAUGGAGGCACAAAAAAUAAAUGAAAAGCUCAUUUCUUCAGAGUCAUCACCACUUUAAGAGCAUUGACUGUAAAAUGGAUUUAGGAUUAAAAGACCAUACCAACAGGACACCUACCAGGAACACCUCUGCUACUACAAAGAAUUUUUCUGCCUGGGAAGACUAUAAGAGUAGUGUUGAUGACAUACAGUACUUUCUUAUUGGGCUGUACACACUUAUAAGUCUGGCUGGCUUUAUGGGAAAUCUGCUUAUACUAAUGGCCCUACUAAUGCAGAAGACGAUAAUAAACAUUCUCAUAGGUAACUUGGCCUUUUCUGACAUCUUGGUUGUGCUGUUCUGUUCGCCUUUCACACUGACAUCCGUCCUGCUUGAUCAGUGGAUGUUUGGCACUGUCAUGUGCCAUGUAAUGCCCUUCCUCCAAUGCGCAUCAGUUCUAGUUUCAACUUUGAUGUUAAUAUCCAUUGCUGCAGUCAGGUACCGUAUGAUAAAAUAUCCCCUUUCUAGCAAUCUAACGGCAAAACAAGGCUAUUUCUUAAUAGUGACCAUUUGGGCCUUUGGCUUCACAAUUUGCUCCCCUCUGCCAGUUUUCCACAAAAUUGUGGACCUCAGCAAAACUCUGAAUUUAGAGGCACUGGAGAACAGACUCUUGUGUAUCGAGUCAUGGCCUUCUGAUUCCUAUAGAAUUGCCUUUACAAUAGCCUUACUGUUCAUGCAGUACAUACUGCCACUGGCGUGUUUAACUGCUAGUCACACGAGCGUCUGCAGGAGCAUAGGUUCUAGACUGUCAAACAAGGAAAACAAGUUUGAAGAAAAGGAGAUGAUAAACCUAGCUCUUCAUCCAUCUAAGAGCACUAGCACACAGGUGCAGUCCUCUGGGCACUCCAGGUGGAGCUGUGCCUUUGGCAAAAAGCACCACAGAAGAUAUAGCAGGAAGACUUCAAGUGUGAUGCCAGCUAUUUCAAGGCAUCAUCAGGAUACUCAUUCAAGAGAUCUCCCAGAAACCUCUGGCACAGAAAAAAGUCAGCUCUUUUCCUCCAGUAAAUUCAUCCCUGGGAUUCCUAUCUGUUUUGAAAUGAAACCAGAAGAAAAUACAGAGAUCCAGGACAUGAUUACAGUAUCCCGAUCCAUUGUCAGAAUUAAGACAAGAUCAAGGAGAGUUUUUUGCAGACUGACAGUGCUAAUCCUAGUUUUUGGUUUCAGUUGGAUGCCUCUUCACCUUUUUCACAUUGUGACAGAUUUUAAUGCCACUCUCAUUUCUAACAGACAUUUUAAAUUAGUAUAUUGCAUAUGCCAUUUAUUGGGUAUGAUGUCCUGUUGCUUGAAUCCCAUCCUCUAUGGGUUUCUUAACAACAGCAUAAAAGCUGAUUUAAUGUCCCUUAUCCCAUGCUGCCAAAUACUGUGAUUUUAUGUGCCCCAAGAUAAUGUAAAACAAACAAGUAUGGCUUUCAAGCCUACUGGCGUGCAUAGCUGUAAAAGAUAUGUAAAAGAUAUUAGUUUAGUUUAGUUAGUCUGACUUGGUUAUGAUUAGUAGCAUUUUAUGUGAAUGGAUAGUUCUAUGGCUGCAUGUAUUUCUUGCAUUGGGCAGAAUUAUAUACAUAUGUUAUAACAUUUCCCUAUCUGUUACGCGUAGGAAGCCAUGCCCAGUGUACAAAACGGGAAUACCAUUUUCGUUACCUGAAAUGUUGGCAAUCUGUACUUUGGAAUUAUACAGAAUAUAUAAUGAAUAAUAAAUG